ACGUGCACAGUUACUACGGAGAAGCGGUAAGAGCUGGGUGUGUUUUUAUACAGCGCUACGAAUUGACCAUGCUGAAAAUAACAUGCUGACAUUCGCCGCGCUCUAGAAGCGGGUCUGUCACGGUACCGGUCGGUGACUGACAUGGACCAUAGCGACAACAAGCUGUCCGCCGAGGUGGAGCCCUUCAUCCCACAGAGGAAAGGAGGAGAUGUCGCCCUGGUGACCAUGAACUGGUCCAGAGAGGGGGGAGGGGCUGGAGCAGAGGCCACACCCAUCCCAAGCUACCUCAUCACCUGCUUCCCCUUUGUCCAGGAAAACCAGCCGAACAGCAGGUACUCUCUGUGUAAUGGGGAUCCACGCUGGCAGCAGCCAAACUCUGCUCCUGGGGGGCCGUACCUGGCCUACCCCCUCCUGACCUCCCCCCAGCCCCCCAUGUCCAGUGACUAUGGCUACUACCAGCUGCUGCCCACCCCCUGCUCACCCAUGAUGGGGUUCUACCCCCCCUUCCCCGCACCCUAUGGAGGGCCCCUGCAGACGGGCGUGGUCAGUCCCAUGCCGGGCGACUGCAGCGACCGCUCUCUGCCCCCCGGGCAAGACUUCAGUGUGGCCUGUCAGAGAGGGAGAGGUCCCACACAGACAGCCGUACUGCCUACGCAGUUCUCUCAGUCAAUGAGAGCCAAGAGGCUGCCAAUGAGGAGCAUGGUGGUUCAGAAGGAGACUGGGGUCCUGGGCCCAGGCAGCCGGUCGAAGACCAUCCUUCUGGUGGACGCUGCUCAACAGACUGAUUUCCCGGCGGAGGUUGCAGGGGCAACACCGUCGGAGAGGGCCAGCCCGUUGCCGUGGAGGAGCCGGGGCCGGCGACGGCGAGCGUCUCCCCAGGUGACGGAGACGUCCAGCGAGCACGUCGCCAGCGAGGCAGACAUCGACAGCGACAGCGGAUACUGCAGCCCCAAACACAACCAGAACGGGGCGGGCCUUCGCCCCCCUGAGCCCGCCUCUGCCACGGGAGUUGAAGCAGGCGUAAUGACAGCGUUGAGCUGGGUGAGCGUGGCCUCACAGAAGCCUUGGAUGAACCGGAAGGCUGCCUUCCUCAGACCAGGAAGUGCGCCUGAGCAGAGGAGCUAUGCGCAGCUGGACCUGCAGGCAGGAAACCACGGGCGUGGCAUCAGCACAGCUGCACAGAGGGGCUGUGGCCUACAGACCAGGCUCCGGGAUGGAAGUGCACAGACUACGCGUCCUCCCCCUGGGAUGACCACGGAGCCCCUAUAUUUUGAGGAUGAAGAUGAGUUCCCUGAGCUGGUCUCGACAGGAGCUCCUGUCCAGAGUAAACCAGAGGAAGCCCAGCCCAAAAUCCCCAAAAGUCUGCUGGAGAACCUUCCGGAGAGCUCGCCCAUGAGCAUUGUUACGAAGCCCAUCUCCAUCACCACCUCCGUUCCCAAGCGGGCCAAGAGCCAGAGGAAGAAGGCGCUGGCAGCCGCGCUGGCUACCGCUCAGGAGUACUCCGAGAUCAGCAUGGAGCAGCGGAAACUGCAGGAGGCGGUGGCAAAGGCUGCUGGGAAGAAGAGCAAGCUGCCGGUGCAGCUGGACCUGGGAGACAUGCUGGCUGCACUGGAGAGACAACAGCAGGCAAUGAAGGCCAGACAGGUCAACAACACCAAGCCCCUGUGUUACACAGUUGGGACAGCAGCCCUGUUCCACCCUGGAGGCAGUCCGUCGACGUUGAAAAGCCCCCGCUACACCAUGCCUCACAACAUCCUGGACUCCAGCGCCCCUCGCAUGAAGAGGGGGAAGGAGCGUGAGAUCCCCAAAGUCAAACGGCCCACUGCACUGAAGAAGGUCAUUCUGAAGGAGAGGGAGGGGAAGAUGGGAAGGCCCUCUCAGGACCAGGACGGGACAGAGCCCGAGGAGCAGGGAGACGAACAGCUGCACCUCUCACAGGGUGUGUCCCAGGAGGAUAACGGCCUGAGCAUGCCCAGUGAUGCCUCCCUGUCACCGGCCAGUCAGAACUCCCCGUACAGCAUCACGCCCAUCUCGCAGGGCUCCCCCGCCAGCUCGGGCAUCGGCAGCCCCAUGGCUGCCUCCGCCAUCACCAAGAUCCACAGCCGCCGCUUCAGAGAGUACUGUAACCAGGUGCUGAACAAGGACAUAGAUGAGAGCGUGACCAUGCUGCUGCAGGAGCUGAUGCGCUUCCAGGAGCGCGUGUACCAGAAGGACCCCAUCAAGGCCAAAGCCAAGCGCAGGCUGGUCAUGGGCCUGCGGGAGGUCACCAAGCACAUGCGCCUCCACAACGUCAAGUGUGUCAUCAUCUCCCCCAACUGCGAGAAGAUCCAGGCCAAGGGUGGUCUGGACGAGGCUCUGUACAACGUCAUCGCCAUGGCGAGGGAGCAGGAGAUCCCCUUCGUGUUUGCGCUUGGCCGUAAGGCUCUGGGGCGCUGCGUCAACAAGCUGGUGCCCGUCAGUGUUGUGGGAAUCUUCAACUACUCCGGCGCUGAGCGUGUGUGUGAUGAACAGGGCCAGUUCGGCCGGCUGGUGUCCCUGACGGAGGAGGCCCGGCAGGCGUACCGCGACAUGGUGUCGGCGCUGGAGCAGGAGCAGGCCGAGGAGGCGCUGAAGACGGUGAAGAGAGUCCCGCACCACAUGGGGCACUCGCGCAACCCCUCCGCCGCCAGCGCCAUCUCCUUCUGCAGCGUCAUCUCCGAGCCCAUCUCCGAGGUCAACGAGCGGGAGUACGAGACGAACUGGAGGAACAUGGUGGAGUCGUCCGAUGGCGCGGAGGUGGAGAACGAGACCGAGGAGUGCGAGCGGAAGGACGUCACAGCUCCCCCAUGCGGCCCCGCUCCGGCCCCGGCCCCCGUAGCGGCCCCUGCAGCGGCCCCGGCCGCGCGGGAGAGGGAGGAGGGCCGGCCGGACGACCGGCUGGAGCUUGACUCCCAGCAGAGCACGGAGACCGGGUCCCUGGACGGGAGCUCCCGCGACCCCCGCCUGCCCCCCUCCAUCACCAGCACCGCCAGCACCCUGGUGCCCGGCAUGCUGGAGGAGGAGGAGGAGGAGGAAGAGGAGGGCGAGGAGCCCGUCUCCGUGGAGGUGCCGUCCGUCAACAGCAGGAUCGAGUCCUGGGUCUCCGAGACGCUGCAGAACCUGCAGCUGGGAGACCGGCACAGCGCUGAGGAGGAGGAAGAGGAGGAAGAGGAGGAGGAGGAGGAAGAAGAAGAGGAAGAAGAAGAAGUUGGAGAAGUGGGCUGCAGCGACGAGGAAGAGCUGGACUCCUCCAAGCUGUCCGAGCCAGGGCUGGACCAGGCUGAACAGACGGUGGAGGUCAAGAGCGUCCCGUGCUGACUACUUCCUGCUACGACCCCUCUCAUCUCAGGAAUCAGAAACCAAACACUCCAACCAUGCAUAAAAACCCACCCUAUACACCAUCCAAACACAGCAGCCACCAAUACACAAACCACCCAGUACACCAGCUAAACACCCCAACCACCAACAUGCUAAUUACUGACCAUAUCACCCCAGCUCAAUGUUUCUGCAAAUUUACCAACCCGCCCCAUGCACAGAACCCAUAAACCAGCCACCCAACACUCUUAUUGCUUCGCAGUUUUUAACCGGCCACGUUUUCCACAUCUCAACAGAUUCGUCGUUCACAUGAUUUAAAAAAAAAAAAAAACUGUCACUCCUCUCAUAGGUCCCCUCUGAUUAUGACAGGGAAUUAUUUUUAUAGUUCACAUUGUGAAUGUAAAUGCAUAAUAAUGUGUGAUCGAGGCCUCACAAUUUCAUUACUUGCAUGAAUAUAUAAAAUGAACGUGUAAGCCUGAACUCAUUGGUUGAGGGGGAAAAAAACAAAAAAAACAACUGUCAUUCUGGAAUUUUAUAAUUGGUAUGUUUUACCAAUGCGUUCUGCACCGAGCAGUAUUGGAGAGUGUACACAAGGUGGCAAUAUGGAGGCAACCACAGAUUGACCUUUGUGAACCAAUAGAAUUUUACAGAAUGUCAUCUGCUAUCGGGUGUCAUUUUCACAGCAAAGCCUUGAAUGCAGAUUUUUUUUAAAAGGGCCUUUUUUUUCCUUUUUUUUUUUACGUGUCAUCUGUCCAGUCUUAGAAGAGAAUGUCAUAAAGGUCAGACAUACACAGAUUGUUAAUGUAAAUAAAAUGUACAGGUUAGUAGAAUAUUCCUUUGCUUGUAAUAUUUGGCAUGUUCAGAUUAAACCGAUUUGGGCGUGUCAAAGCACGUACGGCAGUGUUUCCCGACUCCAGUCCUCGGGACCCACAUGCCAGGAGGUUUUUGUUGUAACCAGUAACUCACACACCUGAUUUAAUGAUUGAACCAAUCAAACCACAAAAAUGCCCUUGAUUAGUUAAA